GCCACACACCCCUACCUGGACUAGGUUCACAAGCGUUGGGCUGGCGAGCCCGCUUGAGCUAGCUUGCUGGAAGGUUAGCAAGGAAAAAAGAAAAGAAAAAAAAACGUCCGCUCACUCAACACCAAGCACAGAGCACGUUCGAGGCUCCUGCGUGUGUUUUUCGGCUCUCAUUUCCUUGUCUGGCCAUGUGUUCGACGGAGAGGAUGGCGUUCUUGUGGCUGGGCUAAACCUCAAUUGACCUACCGAGGACAAGAGAAAUAAAAAUCAAGCCAGCUCGAACAUCUCGCAUGGGAAAAGCCGGGCAGACAAUUAAACUGACACGACGCGCACCACAACGUCACGCGCGCGUCCAGGUCAAGGUGGCCUUGGUGGUCUGCGUCUGGCAUGCAAGGGAACAGCAAUUCCAACGAACCUGUGGCCAAUGGCCGCCCACCUGGGAUGCCGACCGCCCUGUGGGACCUGGCCUCACCUCAAAAUCCAGAAAGAGUCUCGACUCUGGGUCCGAGGUGUUUGGUUUGGCUGGAGAUCUAAUGACAGGCCAUUGGGAAAGGAAGGAGCACCACACAGAUGACCAACGAACCGAAGGUUCCAACCUGCCACCUUGGAGGCAGGCGCAGCUACCAGCACCAGCCCUGCUGCACCGCGAGGGUUACACUCGCAAGAGGAUCGGGGAAAGCCCAAAGGCCGAAAGGAGCGGCGAGUUUUCAGAUCGCCUCGAAAGCCCCAACCGCCUAGGACCAGGCCUCCAUUCUGCCGCCAGCUCCGCCUCGAACCGUCGCCCCUCUAGAAGGCGACGCUGGAAAUACGAAACGAGAGUCUCGAGCCGAAGGUUCGUUUCACAUCCACUUACGGUUGGUACAAUGGGUAGAGGCCACCGCUACUUUGUGGCUUCAUCGCUGUCACCUCCUUCAUUUGCCUAGAUGCGAGAACCGUACCAUCCUCAAUCCCCUCAAAACUUGGCGUUAUGAUUUAAUGUC